AUGAUGUUGGUACAGUUAACUCUAUAUUUCCUGCUUGCCCUACCAGCGGCCUUUGCUGCGCCGGCACAAGAGAAGAGAGCAAGUGCCCCCACUGUCACCAUAACGAAGCCUGCAGCUACGGUUGUUGGAUCAUCCUCGAACAAUGUGGACAGUUUCAACGGAAUACCCUUUGCCCAAGCACCCACCGGAUCUCUUCGACUAAAGCCCCCGCAGGCCAUAACUUCUUCUCUUGGAACAGUUCAAGCUACUGGCACUGCGCGCUCGUGCCCACAGUUCUACUUCUCUACUAACACUGCUGGUUUCCCGGUGUCAGUUUUGGGAGAGCUAGCAAAUAUUCCUAUAUUCCAAACCGUUUCCAAUGCCGGUGAAGAUUGUUUGUCCGUCAGUAUUCGACGUCCGUCAGGAACAGCCGCGAAUGCAAAGCUACCAGUUCUGGUUUGGAUUUUCGGUGGCGGAUUUGAACUCGGAUCAACCCAAAUGUAUGACGGCUCCAGUCUAGUAUCUGCCUCCGUGAGCUUGGACAUGCCAAUCAUCUUUGUGGCUAUGAACUAUCGCGUUGGUGGAUUUGGUUUCAUGCCUGGGUCAGAGAUAUUGAAAGAUGGCUCUGCAAAUCUAGGCCUACUCGAUCAACGCCUCGCCCUGGAAUGGGUGGCAGAUAAUAUUCAAGCCUUUGGGGGAGAUCCAUCGAAGGUCACUAUCUGGGGCGAGUCUGCAGGUUCCAUUUCUGUCUUCGACCAGAUGGCUCUAUACGAUGGCGAUAAUACCUACAAUGGGUCUCCGUUGUUCCGAGCGGGAAUCAUGAACUCCGGGAGCAUUGUUCCGGCAGACCCUGUUGACGGAACCAAGGGCCAACAGGUAUACGACACUGUUGUUGAGUCUGCAGGGUGCGGAUCUGCUAGCGACACACUGGAGUGUCUCCGUGGUCUGGAUUAUACCAAGUUCCUUAACGCAGCAAAUUCGGUUCCUGGGAUUCUUUCAUACAAUUCCGUCGCUUUAUCAUAUCUUCCUAGACCAGAUGGCAAGAUCCUAACGGACUCACCUGAGAACCUGGUUAGCAGUGGAAAUUACGCCUCUGUUCCUUUCAUUGUCGGCGACCAAGAGGACGAAGGAACCAUUUUUGCUCUUUUCCAAGCCAACAUUACCACGACUUCGCAGUUAGUGGAUUAUCUGAAGAAUAUAUUCUUCCACGGUGCUUCUUCGGCUCAGUUAAAUGAGCUUGUUGCGACAUAUCCAGAUGUGACGACAGAUGGAUCCCCGUUCCGCACAGGUAUUUUCAAUAACUGGUAUCCGCAAUUUAAGCGGAUCGCAGCAAUUCUAGGAGACUUAACUUUUACAAUUACACGACGCGCAUUUCUCAAGCUAGCAAAGGAGGCGAAACCGGAUGUAGCCGCAUGGUCCUAUCUAUCUAGCUACGAUUAUGGAACUCCUAUUCUUGGAACCUUUCACGGGUCAGAUAUCUUGCAGGUAUUUUACGGAAUUCUGCCCAACUACGCGUCGAAGUCCAUUCAUUCAUAUUAUUUGUCUUUUGUCUAUGACUUGGACCCUAACUCUCGGGCAAGUGAUUUUCUGGACUGGCCUGAUUGGGGCACGAAUCAAACGUUGAUGCAAUUCUUCAAUGACCGUGGAGCACUUUUGGCAGAUAAUUUUCGACAGGAUACUUAUGAUUUUAUCCUAGAGAAUGUUGGAUCUUUCCACAUCUAG